AAAGUGGCCCUUCUUAACCAUGAAGUCAGAGAAAAUAUCAAGCGAUGAUGCCAAGCACGCAUUAUUACCAGUGCAUGACAUAAAUAACGAUGAAAAUGAUGAGGAAAAUCUGUUUAAUCCUGCUGAAUUUCGAGAUCACCAACAUGCAACUACAGAAUUGGAUACUUUAUUACAUCUCGUGAAAGCAACGAUCAGUUCCGGGUUUAUGAAUCUUCCUGCAGCAGUGGGGCAUGCAGGAGUUCUGGCAGGUCCAAUAGGUUUGGUCCUUAUUGCUGUACUUAUGGUUCAUUGUGAGCAUAUGUUAGUGAUAAGUUCAAAAGCGUGGUGUAGACGGCGCGGUAAAUCUAAGAUGAGUUUUGCUGAUGUUGGCGAGGAAUGUUUUAAGAAGCGAUAUUCUAAUAAAGGUUGGAUUGGAAGACUUCUUGUUAACUCGUCUUUGUUAUGUGCUCAGUUUGGAUUUUGUUGCGUUUAUAUGUUGUUCGUUUCCCGUAACUUGCAACAGGUUUUCGCAAACAACUGCAAUUUUAAUGUGGACGUCAGACUAUGGAUUUUGUUUUUAUUGCCCAUUUAUAUUUUAUUUUCACUAAUCAAAAAUCUGACGACACUCGCGUGGCUUUCGUUUGUUGCAAAUUUGCUCAUGAUUACAGGUGUUAUUUGUAUGCUUGUACAUAUAUUUGGAAGCCUUCAUAAUCCUCUUGGUCUUCCCAGCAUUGCUUCUGCGCAUGGCAUACCACUGUUCGUCGCUUCAAGCAUUUACGCCUUUGAAUCCAUUGGGUUGAUUCUACCACUUGAGAACGAAAUGAAGCAUCCGGAUAAAUUUCCCACUUUGCUCAAUCUUGGAAUGGUCUUUGUCACCUUUCUUUACAUUUUUGUGGGAUUUUUUGGUUAUUUAUCAUGUACUGAAAAUUGUCAUGGUAGUAUUACGCUGAAUCUUGGAGAAACACCGCUUUCAUUGAUUGUGAGGCUAACAAUAAGCAUAUCAAUCUUUCUGUCGUAUUUUCUGCAAUCAUAUGUAAUAUUUUCUCUCAUUGAAUCUUGGGUAAUCUCACAUGCCAAUGAAAAAUACGAGCUCUUAAAACGUCAUAUCGUUCGUGCAAAUAUCGUUAUCAUCACUGCAUUUUUGGCAAGCACAAUUCCUCAUUUGGAAUAUAUUAUUUCAUUGUUUGGAGCAACAGCAAAUACAACAUUAUGCAUCACACUUCCUGCUAUUAUCCAUACAAUAUCUAUUGAAGAACUCUCGAAACUUUCUUUAUUAAAGAAUAUUGGUCUUAUUUUAUUUGGUAUUUCAAUAAAUAUAAUUGGUGUCACAAUAUUGAUACAAAAAAUAUAUUAUACUUACAGCCAACCUAAAAAACUUUUAGCAAUAAAGCCAAAUAAUUAAGCCACCAAUGUAACAUGUAAAGUAGUUCUCAUUGGUUAAAUCAAUUAAAUUAUUUAUUCAUUGUGAGAA